AUGCGAUUCCAGAUGCAUCACCGAUAUUUUAUACAAUCAUCAGAAAGAAAUGAAAGCACAAAAGAAACCUGUGACAUUGUUCAUCGAUCACCUCAUCAAUUAUUUUCUUCUAUCAGUGGUAUCCUACCAUGUUCAUUGGCUGAAAUUCCUGAACUUCUAGCCUUGUGCUGUAAACUUCAGGUACCAUCAAUGAGAGCAAUAAUUGAAAAAUUUAUCAUUCAAAAAGCAGCUGAUCAUAACUGUUUAUUGGAUUGUUGGAAUAUAAGUUGUCAUCGACAAUUUGACUUAUCACUUCGAGCAAAAGAUUUUGUGCUCAGUUAUGUGAUGCGUUCUUUGGAAGAAGCAGUUUUGGAUCUACGAUUUGCGCAACUGGAUCAAGCAGCUGUGGAAGAGUUACUGAAACGUGACAAUUUACCGGUCCGUUCGGAAUGUGACGUUCUACGUAUCGCUUUGAUGUAUUAUUUUCGUCGUGAAGGACAUGUGAAUAUGCAAAGUUUGCUGAAUGUUAUUCGAUACAAUUGUGGUAAUGAAACACUCAUGCGGAUGCAUCAAGAUAUUCAAUGUAUAGAUGAUGAGGAGUUGCGCUUUUGUUUCGAGCAAAAUUGCGCUUAUGGAUUGUGGCAAAGUGAACGUCGUCUAUAUAAUCAGAAUAUAUGGCCUAUAACAGAUGCGCCAUCGCCACGCAGAAAUCCAAAUGUUGACUGCAACUGGAUUAAUGCGCAAUUUUACACUUUGGUACGGCUCCAGCCUGCUACUGCAUCUUCUCGAUAG